CGAUCCAUCCUUCCUAUUUAAAGUUGGCACUGAGAUAAUUAUUGACUCUUGUUGUGCAACAUUUGCUGAAGUUCAAAAGAGGGGCAAGGAUUUCUGGGCAGAGUUUGAGUUGUAUGCUGCAGAUCUUGUGGUAGGCAUAGUUGUUAAUGUAGCUUUAGUGGGUAUGUUAGCACCAUACGCACGCAUUGGGCAGCCAUCUGCUUCAGAAGGAUAUUUUGGAUGCAUAACACGAGCUUAUGGAGCUCUGCCUAGCAGUGUUUUUGAAGCUGAAAGACCAGGGUGCAGAUUUUCAGUUCAGCAACGGUUUGGAACUUAUUUUUACAAGGGUCUUUUAUAUGGAUCAGUUGGAUUUGCAUGUGGUAUCAUAGGGCAAGGCAUUGCCAAUUUGAUUAUGACUGCCAAACGGAGCGUAAAGAAAUCAGAAGAAGAUAUUCCUGUUCCUCCUCUUGUUAAAAGUGCUGCUCUAUGGG